GGUUGGGUUUGGUGUAAUGAAUUCGCCGUUUGAAUUUAAUUUCCCCACAAUUCCACCAAUUUCAAUCACCGCUUCAUUCCGCCAUUACCAAAACCCUACAUUUUCCCCCCAAUUUCCCACAAUUCAGCUCCCGAAAUGAUGGGCUUACUGGUGCCUAUAAUGCCGCAAUUCUGAUAAUUCGUUACGGAUACUGCUCUGUUCUUGCUAGUUUUUAGUUUUUUUUUUUUUGUGGUUUGAAUUUUUUUUUAAAUAAAAAAAUUGGGACAUUGGGGGUUGCGCUAAUGGCGGAGGCGGUGGAGGGGAAGAGGUUCACGGUGGGGUACGCUUUGGCGCCGAAGAAGCAAUCGAGUUUCAUACAGGACUCGCUUUUGAAGAUCGCGGCGGAGAAAGGAAUCGAUUUGAUUAAAAUCGAUUUGGAGAAGGAAUUAGUGGAUCAGGGGCCGUUUGAUUGUGUGCUCCACAAAUUGUAUAGUGAUGAGUGGAAACAGCAAUUGUCGGAUUUCUCCGACAAAAACCCUAGCGCCUUAAUUGUCGACCCCCCCGAGGCCAUCGAGCGCCUCCAUAACCGUAUCUCCAUGCUUGAGGUUGUGACGGAGCUGACGGUGUGCCACGACGGUGGUGACGACGGUUCGGAAUUGGCGGCUACCGAGUCGUUUUUUGGCAUUCCCAAACAGACUGUGAUUCAUGACUCGGUUUCUGUGUCGGAGGUGGAUUUGAGAAACCUGGGUUUGAAAUUCCCGAUUAUUGCCAAGCCGUUAGUGGCCGACGGCAGUGCGAAAUCGCACAAAAUGUUGCUGGUUUAUAACAGUGACGGUUUGAGUAAGCUCAAACCACCUAUUGUGUUGCAGGAGUUUGUUAACCAUGGUGGCGUUAUUUUUAAGGUGUAUGUUGUUGGGGAGCAUGUCAAGUGUGUGAAGAGGAAGUCCUUGCCAGAUGUGAAUGAGGAGAAUCUGGGAAGUUUAGAGGGGUCAUUGUCUUUUUGCCAGGUCUCCAACCUCAAUGCACAGGCUAGAAAUGAUGAUAAAUACUAUAAAGUGACACAACUGGAAAAUGCUGAGUUGCCGCCCAUGAGUUUGGUUACUGAGAUUGCAACUGGGUUGAGAAAGGUAACUAAGUUGCAUCUGUUUAAUUUUGAUCUGAUUAGGGACACCAAUGUUGGGAAUAGGUACCUUGUUAUCGACAUUAACUAUUUUCCUGGGUAUGCAAAGAUGCCCAAUUAUGAGAGUGUCAUAGCUGACUUUUUUUGGGAUGUUUUGAGCAAGAGAGAGCAGGCUGUUGAUCCUUCAGUGGUAGAUGAUUGUGAGAAUGAAUUGAAGGGACUUUUGGUGGGAAAUAUUGGAUUUGGAGAAGCUGAGGGGGAUCUUCACGUGUCUCCACUUGAAAGGGAAGAAAAGGAGCCUUCCUUUCAAGUCUGAUGUGUCUGGUUGAUCGCGGUUUAGGUGGGGCAAAGAAGGUGCUGGUUAGUGCAAACUGGUGGUAAACCCUCUCCGGGUUGACAUAGAGCUUCAGGAGAUAGGUAGGGUAGGGGUGGAUAAGGUAGUUUCUUUGAUUUGGUGUAGUUUGACAGACAUACCUGGUGUAUCUUCUUGUUCCAUGAUGUACAUUGCAUAGAUAGGUGCUGUUGAGAAUAGUCUGAUGAAAUUUUUAGGGAGGUUAUAGUCAUCUUCCAUGGCAAAUGUAAUUUUCUGGCUUGCUAAUUAUGAUGUUAUGCCUUUAGCAAUCGGAGGAAUUAAUGUAGCCAUUUUUGUCGUGAGAAGUUAUUCUGAAACACCUAAUACUUUUUCUUGCAAUUUCAAUGUUGCUGUAAGUUUUACAGCCGAACUUCCAAAUUCCUUAUUAAUGCUUUAUUUCAGCAGCUAUUGACACUGUAUGUCUUCGUUUCUGAAGAUGGCUAAUUUAGUUUCAUUUAAGG